AUGAUUUUCAGAAAUGAUGUCUUUGCCUAUUCGACCGUAGAAGUAGCCGGCUGGGGCACCUUAUCAUUUGCUGGAGCAAAAUCGAACACUUUGCAAAAAAUCCAAUUAAUAACUUUGGAAAAUCGUGUUUGUCAGCAGCAAUAUAAUGACACAGUGAGGGCAUCACAAAUAUGUACUUAUGAUUAUAGUGGUUUAGGACAAGAUUCCUGUCAAUAUGAUUCUGGUGGACCGGUCAUAUUGCGCCAGCAAAGAUUAAUGCUUUUGGGUGUAAUAAGUUAUGGACGUAGUUGUGGUCAGCGUUAUGGUAUUGGUAUUAACACCCGAAUAACUUCUCAUUUGGGAUGGCUUUGGCGUUAUGUACAAAAUGAUGUGUGUGUUCAGUAG